GAUCUGCAAUCAAAUUUGGCAAAAGUCGAGAUUUGCGUUUAAACAACGUCAUGAGGAGGGACUUAGUUCGCGCCUUGGUGAAAAGAACUGCUGGUCAGAAGAAUUCUGGUAAAAAAUCGACCGAAGUGGGGUCGAGUGCGACUUCGGCUGCUAUUCCGGAAAGCCCGAGGUCUUUGCAAGAGGUGGCUACUAACGAGGUUCCACCAGUCGUGAAUGCGGUCGCGAUUAACCAGGCGGAGCCGGAACCUAAUGUAGCUGGAACCGAGGUGGCGUUGGUUGAAUUGUCGCAUACCGCUGUUCAGGAAGAGGUGCCGGAGAAGUUACCCUCGUCUCCGAAGUCUGGGGAGUCUGCUCAGUUGGAAAGGAGAAAGAAGAGGAGAUUGGUGAAGACAGCUGAUGUGGGGGCUUCUUCUGGAGCAGAGAAGAGGUCGAAGAAAAAACACGACCCCGGUCAUAAGUCUGUUGAGAAGAGGGUUGAUGAGUCGCCACUAUUUGAGAAGUCGUUUUUGUCGAUUGAUGAUGAGAGAGCUGCCAAAGUGAAGGUGCCCGAAGGUGUCGUAGAGGAGUGGUUCACCACGUUCCAGUCAGUCAAAUUCCCGCACAUGUCUUCAAGAAUUGAUAUGCCGGAGAAUGCUAAAAAUGCAGCAAGAGUGCCUUUGAUGGUAUGGGACCCGAGGUCCGAAGUGGGAGUUUCGUCCCUAUCAAGCGUCGACAAGUUAAACUACGCUAAGGCGUGUUUGGGCCGGGCUUUAGUCAGUCUCGUUGCUGCUGGAGAUGAUCAUAGCCGGAUUGCGGCUCAACUGGAUGGAAAGAGAGACACUAUUGCUGCCCGGGAUGUGAUGAUCGCCUCGCUGAGGGAGGAGUCGGCUAAAGCGGAGGCCGACUUGAAAGGUAAGAUUUCUGAACAAGUUACUCAGUUGGAAUUGGCGCAGGCUGAAAUCUCGGCGCUGUCCGAGGAGAAAAGAGCUUUUGAGGCCGAGGUAGCCGAUCUUAAGGCGCGCCUCGCCUUGGCUGAGCAACAUUCCAAAGCUUUAGAGGCCAAGGUGGAAGAGACAGAGAAAGCGCUGUCAGAUAAGAAGGCGGGGCAUGAAACAACUCGCAAAGAGUGUACCGAGGUCCGCGAGCUCGUAGGUCGGCAGAGGGAUGUCCAUCAGGCCGAGAUGGCUAAACUCGAGAGAGAAAAGUCAGCAUAUGGAGAGUUCAUGUAUGAGAACGGCUUUCAAGCUGGAAAGGACUCAGUUGCUGUUGAACUGAAGUCUGGCGAUGAUGCUGAAGCUGAAGCUGUUGAUGCCGGUGAGGACGAUGAGGUCGGUGGGCCUGACCUCGAAAUUGAGAUGAACACCUGCCUGAAUCUCCGAUGGGUCAUCGAGCGUUAUGAUGCGG